AUGCCGGAGCCCCAGGACUGCGCCUACCCGAGGCCCGCGGCCGCGGUGCCGCCGUGGGUGGACGACGCCGAGCCGCCCGGGCAGCAGCAGCCGCGGGUGCUGCUGGCGCCACACAGGACGUCGGAGCCCCGGCGGGCGGCGCCGGCCACGCCCGCGUGCUCGAGCGCGGGCGCCCGCGCGGAGCCGGGCAGGCGCGACGCGGCCGGCGGCGACGCGGCCGGCGGCGCCCUUGGCCCCCUCGUGGGCGCGCCGGCCGCCAGGACCGCACCGGGCGCCGACGGGCAGCGCGGCUCCGGAGACGGGGCCAGCCGAGACGCUUCCGAGCGGUCACGGGCGUCGGCGAUGCGGCGGUGCAGGUCCAUGCCAGCGACCCCCACGGUGACGAAGAAGGGCCGGGGCGGCAGCGGCCAUGCCCACCACAAGGCGGCCGCGGCGACGACGGGGGCCGCGGCGGCGCGCGCCCGUGCGCGUCGCGGCGGCCGCCGCGGCCACCCGCGCGCCCAGGAAGAUGGUGCUCCCGUUUUCCUACGGCAGCAGCGACCCUCGGCUGCUGCACGUCGAGCAGGCCGAGGGGCCUCGCUGCCCGGAGUUCCUGCCGCCCGCGGCUGCCGCCGCGGGGUAGCGGCCUGA